CAUCUUAUUUAUUUAUUUCUCUCUCUGUCUCGCUCCCUCUCUCUAAAUGCUUAAGGUGAAGAGUGCAGAGCUAGCCAAGCCCAACACAUGGUCCAACCCUGCUCUGUCCCAGGAGGAGAAAGACACGAAGAGCAAGAGAGAGACUUCCUGAGAGGGAGAAGCAAGGAGCAUCUUCUCUCUCAUUUCUACCAAGCAGGUGUGACCCCCCCCCUUCUCACACCCAGCAUUUCACUCUCCCUUCUCUUCCAGCCAGGGAUCCCCAGCAGAUCCCUCCUCUGUGGAUGCAAACCUUUCCUCUUAAACAGGCAGAAUGGAUGAACCCCACUGAUCCCCAACUGGCCACCAGCACCAUGACUAUGAACACUGUUGUACCUCUCUACGAAACUGCAGCAUCUCCCCACGUGUGUCUUCAGGUUGUAGUAGGGGAGCACGCAUGAGUAUCUGGAAAAAAGGGGUUCAAUGUUCUCACCUGGCCAGAGCAAAUGAUACCUAGUAUUAAGAAGAGUAAUCUGGAAUAAUCCCAGCAUCAAGCAUUCCUGUGAGGAAGAGAAGAGAAUCAUGCUUUUACUUCUCAUUAAAUGGUCACCUAUAAUUUAAAGAAGGGGAAUUCCUUUUUUGCUCCUAUAUGAAAUUUAUCCACAAUUUUUUUAUCUUUGAAGAAUGGCUUGUCAUUGAAUCCUAUUUAGAUUUUCUGUUUUUAGUUUCCAAUAUAUAACAUCUGUUGCUGCAAAAGACUGAGAUUAAAUACCUUUUUGGACAAAUUUCAAAUACACCUUCUUUUUUUUAAAUGCACAGAAAUCUCAUACUUCAUCUUAUCUGGGAUUCUAAAAUCUGGCAUAUGCACUCUCAUAUCCUUAACCCCUGAUGUCUUGCAGUGAAAGAUCAUUUCUUAAUGUUGCUGUUGCUGAAGAUUACAUUUAAGUGCAAACUAUCAGGAUUCUAUUGAAAAACUGCUGAAAGAAAUGCUUUUUUUUUUUAAUACAUUUUUGUUCAUUUGAUUUAUUGAAAUGCAGAUUUGAUGGCUUCCUACCUGCAUGCUGAAUCUGGCUGUUCAAUGCAAAUUAGUUUACAAUAAUUAUUGCAAUUAGGAAAGCAUUUGGCAGACAGUUAAGAUUAUCCUUUUAAGUUUCUACUCCUAUUUGAGCGUCUGUUUUCAACAACUGACACACAAUGAAAUGACAUUUUUGGCAGUUUUGUAUUAUUGAGUGUAGACGUUCUAAGUAGGCUUUCCAAAUAAGGUGCAUUCCUGGUCAAUUUGAUAAACUCAGCUUUUCCAUUGUCAUCAUGCUCUUAUAAUGUAAAUUCACUAGCAAAUAUCCUUUUCACCUGCACUCCAAUCUUAUUUUUCUACCUAUUUUAUUUUUUCAUGUAAAAUUUUGCCUUUCAAACUCAACUUGGUGGUCUUUCCUAGAAACAGCUUUGCAAAUGCGGAAUUAAGUUGGUUGCCAUAUUUUUUUAUUGUAUGAGAAGAGGAUUCUUUUGGUACUACAAGUGAUGGAGAAGUUGGAAGCUGAAUCAGAUGUGGAACCACAAGGUCGCCCUCGUUCCUGCACAUGGCCCCCGCUACCGGAUCCUCCUUCAGAUAUGCCGUUACCACCUCCUGGCCUGGACCCAGGGCAGAUACGAAAAGCCAAGAGUUCACGUAGAAAUGCCUGGGGUAACUUGUCUUACGCUGAUCUCAUCACCAAGGCCAUCGAAAGCUCUCCUGAGAGGCGACUGACCUUGUCCCAAAUUUAUGAUUGGAUGGUCCGAUUUGUUCCCUACUUUAAAGAUAAGGGCGACAGCAACAGCUCUGCAGGGUGGAAGAACUCUAUUCGACAUAACCUUUCUCUCCACACACGCUUUAUCCGAGUGCAGAAUGAGGGAACAGGAAAGAGUUCCUGGUGGAUGCUUAAUCCAGAAGGUGGUAAGACUGGAAAAACACCCAGGAGGAGGGCAGCUUCCAUGGACAAUGCCAAUGGAAAAUUUGUUAGAAUGAAAGGCAAGGCUGGAAAGAAGAAGCAGCAGGUGCAGUCAGCUCCAGAAAGGAUAGUGGAGGGCAGUCCCUCAUCCCAACAUGCCAAGUGGUCAGAGAGUCCAUCUUCCCAUACCAGUGAUGAUUUUGAAGUCUGGGCUGAAUUUCACAGCAGGAGCAAUCCUGCAUCAGGUAACAUGAAUGGGAGACUUUCACCCAUAAUAGCUAAUGAUGAGCCUGAUGACUUGGAAGAUGAUGAUGUGGCCCCCUCUUCACCUCUUAUGUACCCAAGUCCCUCCAGUGCUAUAUCACCCAGCAAUCGCUGCUCAGUGGAAAUGCCAAGGUUGGCAGAGCUGACUGGCACAAUUGGACUAGGUGAAGGUUUAACUGACCAUCUUUUGGAUGAGCUUCAGGAUAGUUACCCUGUAGGGUCUGGUGCUGCUCUUCGUCAUAGGAGUACUGCAUUCUCGUUUUCCACAAAGUGCCCAACACUGAGCCCCCCUUCUGGGGCUUAUUGUGGCUCAAUCUACAGUCAGCCAGCCAUGGGUAUGAUGAGAAGGUUGCCAAUGCAGACAAUCCAGGAAAACAAGCAAGCUGCUUAUCCUCCAGGAAGCACCUACAGGAAUUCCUCAGUCCAGGAUCUUCUCUCUGCUAUGUCCUAUGGUCACAAAGAGAGUUUAGGGCAAAGUGAUCCAGGGUUGACAAAUGUGCUUGGCCCACAGCGCAGUCAUAGGCAGAACAUUGGUAUGUUAGGGAAUUGUGACUCUGGCCCAAUGCCAUAUUCUACUGGCCUAAUGAAGAGUCAAAGCUUAUAUCACCAAUCCACACUAAACCACCACUGCUCUGUUAACAACAGUGCCUUAAUCAGUGGAAGUGGACUGGUGAACAACUCUGAAUUCUGCAGCUUGGUUUCUGCCCAGCAUCACACUUAUUUCAGCAACCAGUCUGGAAAUGGGAGUCUGAUGGAAGGGCCCUACCAAGCACCUUACCAUCAUCAUCACCAUCAUCCCCAGUUAUACAACCAGGACAGAUUCCCUACAGACCUAGAUUUAGACAUGUUUAAUGGGACUUUGGAGUGUGAUGUAGAGUCCAUCAUUCUUAAUGACUUCAUGGACAAUGAUGAGAUGGAUUUUAAUUUUGACUCAUCACUGCCACCACAAGGUGGAUUCAACAUGGCGGUCACUUCACAGCCAGCCAAUCAGAGUUGGGUACAAGGAUAAACUUGAACCAGUAUAUAUGUGUAGGGCUUUUUUUUGCACUGGUAGUUGGUUUUGAGAUAUCUCCCUAAACUGCUUAAGAUACCUGGACAAUGAUAAACCUGCAUACUAAGCUGUUUGGUUACUGUACACACCUGUCCUUAUUCAAAAAGUGUUUUAUAAGAACAAAUACUGACCUAUCUCUUUUGGGAUAAAGAGGUUUGGUGCUGCCUGAUUUUGACAAUUAAUCUGAUCAAGCAGUGUCUAGUUCCCAUUCAAUCAUGAAAAUACACAAAGGAUCAAACGUUCAUUAACUGGUAUGGUGUCUCACAAAAUGGAAGCUAUAAUCAAAAAGUCUUUAUUGUGAAAAACAGGUUACAGUCUUACUACAUAAGUAGAUAGUGAUUUGAUAUUGUAAAACAGGCCAUGCUUUAAAUAUUUUUCAAAAAGUAUGGUAGAUUCCGGAGCCAUGUUCCUUUAGGUUGAAGUUUACCUUUUUCUGAAUUCUAAAAAAACUUCAAAGCACGGAAACUUUUUUAGGUAACUUCUCAGACAUUGCUUUGUAGAUUUGGUGUUUUCUGAGACUCCUUGCUUUUAACCAGGCAAUGAUUCUACUAACACAGGCUUUAUCAAGCAAUAAUUGAAAACUUCCUUGAAAGAUAUUUUGUGUACUGAAGCUUUUUUUUUGUAUACAGUAUGUAGAAUCUUACUCCUAGACAUUUGCAUGCUCUUUUUUUUACAAGACCCAAUGUUUUUUCAGUUUUAUCUUAAUCAAUUCCUAAACCACCCUCUUAUCCCAGAAGACUUAGUGCUUAGUAAGGAUCUUAAAAUGUACAGAAAUUUACAGACAUCUCCACAGUCUGUAAACUAUAUGUCCAUGUAAGCAAAUUCCUUAUAUCAAGGUCUCUCUGGUAAGGAAGCCUCUGUAUUUUCUUACCAUGUCCAUCUACUGACAUUGUCUGCAAUUUUUAUGUUCUUGCAAAGCAACUUAUUCAAUGGGGUCGACCAAAAAAUACAUAUAUUUCCCAUAUGUAAUAAUUAGAGAGUAGCUGUGGCCCCAUUCAAUACGGAACGAUGUACUAGUCAAUCUUGCAUGGCAUUUGAUAAAAUCAUGAGUUGGAAAAAGAAUAUUUGAAUUUUAUCCUAGAAUAUUGGUAAAGUAAAGUAAGAUUUAUAUGACAAUGCAAAUUAAUUGAUCCAAAUGAUAUUUUCAGCAAAAAGGAAUUGAAUGUCAUAAAAUGCACGCUUUAGGGCACAAAAUUACCAGUAAGCACACUACUGGUCCAUUUUUACUUCGACUUCAGUCCUGCCUCGUACUAUGUUCCUGAAUUUUCUGUAAUAUGAUUCUAAAAUUAACAUGCAGCUUGCAAGACCAUUUUUAAAUUAUAUGUAGGUAAUCUAAAUGUUAUCUCUUAAAUACAUUGUUUACAUGUAAUAAUAAUAAACCCUAUGAUUUAAAAACAUUAAUUUAUUAAGGGGGUGGUCACAUUGUUUGGCUCUGAUUUUUAAUGCUUACCCUGUUUAAUGUAACACUGUUUUUAAGUCACUUUACUCUUCAUUGGGAUAAAUCAUUUAAAAGCUGCAGUUAUUUGUGCAGCUGACAAUCUAUUGUAGUAAACACUGAUUCAGUGUCCAUGGCCCCAUGUGUCUGCACCAAGCUGCAGUUGGAUAACUGCACUAAUCACUACAUCUACGACAUUCCGUGGGUUACCCUUUCCCUGCAAAUUUCAAAUUGCUGUUUAUAUGUGUUUGUGAUUUUAUUUCAUAUGCAGAUUUUAAUAUAUACAGAACUGUGUACAUACAGAAGAUAUAUUGUGAAUUUAUUUUAUUUGUAUAUUUUCUUUUGUUCGUUCUACGCACUCAUAACAUUUUAUCCUCAUGUUUUAAAGGACUGUUAAUUUUUUUUGUAAUGACCUCCAUAGAAAAUGAUGGAGGCUGUGCAAUUAUGGCAGUGUGGGGGAAGGGGGAACAAUUACAUGCACCCUCCAGCAUUGUGCAGUCUACAAAUAUGACUAAUCCAUGAAAUAAAUUGAAUUGAAAUGUUAUUUUUUUACACAAUUUAAUAAUUUCUUGUUGUGGAUGUAAAAUGGAGGAAUUGCAGUUUUGAGGAUGAUGGUUAUUGAGUUUGAAGCUACAAGGCUAACUCCUAUUGUGCCUUAUUGCACCUGGAAAUGCCAUGUAGUAUGUAACAAGCUUCAAAAAUGCCUUCUGUAACUGAACAUGCUCUCUAUACAUUGACAACAAACACUUGCUAUAUAUAACGAUGCUGAGCAUCAAACACUGCUAAGGACUAGUAUGAUGAUGCUCAGGAUCACUAUAUAGAACUUUCUUGUACCUGUUAUCCUCCUCACGCGGUGUAAAGCGAUUGUAAUGUUUUUGAAUGUGUUGUCGUAGUGCGUGGAUUUUCAGAUGUAACAUAAACAAUACUGACUGUACAGAAUAUUUUCAGGAAUUAAACUGUUUUAAAUAUUA